AUGGACUUGCCACCAGGAUGUAACUUAGCUCGUGACAAGGAGAAUCAAAGUAAUGCAGAUCACACUUUGUUCUUGAAGUAUGAUGGAAAAAGACUUACUGCAUUGAUUGUUUAUGUGGAUGACAUAGUCGUAACUGGAAACGACACAGGAGAGCAACUGAAACUGCAGAAGUAUUUGUCUCAGGAAUUUGAAAUGAAAGAUUUAGGUGAUCUGAAGUACUUUCUAGGAAUUGAAGUAGCCAGGUCCACAACUGGUAUAUUUAUGUCUCAAAUGAAGUAUGUAUUAGAUCUGCUCACUGAAACAGGAAUGCUUGGAUGCAAACCUGUUGAUACACCCAUCGAGAUGAAUCACAAGUUAUGUGAAGACAUGGAUCAAGAACCAACUAAUAAGGAACAAUACCAACGCCUUGUUGGAAAGUUGAUAUAUUGA